GCUGGGCGGAGAUUGGACGGAGUGAGAUGUUGAUGCAGGAGCGAGGUUGUUUACAAGUUGCAAUGGAUCCCAGCGGCGGCUCCCGGGGGAUGAGGGACCGCGGCACCAGCACCAGCACCAGCAGCGCCCGGGGGAACGGGGACCGCGGCGGCGGCGUCGCCCUCCAGGGCCUCAAGCUGGCAGCGCUGCUCCUACACUUGUUGUCCGUGGUUGGAGCUGCCCCGCGACCAGAAUGUGUACCUUCCAAUGGAACAGAUUUAAGAGCUGAGCAGCGUAUUACAUCAGGAGUAAAUUGUACGAACUUGAUGGAAAGCAAAAAGGAUUUCAACUUGACUCUGUCCCAAAACAGCACAGGGGCAUCAUUGAACGAAGACCACAAUGAGACGACCAGGUUGCCAGAAACGGUGGAGCCUGGAGUGAGUGUGGCUCAGAUCGACGAGCAGGUGAAGCCGCCCUCUGGCCGUGAGCCCGGCGUCCAGCGACCAGUCACUGGCGGUACCUUGCCCGUGAGGCAGUCUGCCAAACAGAAACAGGACCUCGGAGUUCUAGGUCGGGCUAUGGCGAUUGGAAUGAUUAUCAUCAUCAUAUGUUUGGGUUCCGGCAUCACAGUGGGAUACAUCUACAAACGAGGACGAGCUAUAAAGAAGGAACAGGAGCAGCGGGCACGUGAACAAGAGAUCCAGCGAAUCAUGUUGCCGUUGUCGGCCUUCACCAACCCCAGCUGUGAGCUGGAGGACGAAGUGACGGUGAUGAUGGUGAACCCGCAGGCACUGACCGGGGAAGACAGUGAGGCGGGCAGUUCUCGUGCAACCGUCACUGGCACUCCUGGGGCUUGAGUUACGGCGCAAACCAGUGGAAAGGUUCUCUGGCUGUGGACUCUGACGAUGGAGCGAGCUUGCGUGAAACUUUAUAACAUGUCUCCGGACACACAACUCAUUCUGACAACUGGCGCACUGUGGAGUUUCUCCUUCCUGGAAGGAUCAGGCCAUUUCUGGGUGUUGAUAAUCAAUGCAUGAAGAGCGUUUAGCAGUAUCCAGCAGUGAAUCAUGUGAUGGUUCUGUUUUAUAUUUUAGGCUGCAUUUUAAGCAUAACCUGGGUUUGGACAGCUUGUGUUUCAAACUUUAAUAUAGAUGUUUCUAGAGGUGGGGGUUGGAAUUACUGUGUGAAGUAUUAUGCGCCACAAGUGGAGAGAGCAACGUAACCGGGUUUAAAGAUGGGAGGGUAGGGCAUGCAGGGUGUCUCCGUUCAGUAGGAUGGUGAUUGAUCAACUCCUUGUCCUGUCCUUCCACACAUUCCCCUCAGUGCCUUGUACUCUGUCGAUAAACUCUAAAUGCCCUGUGGCAACUUUGAUUGAGGCUCUGAUCCCUGUCCAACGGCCUAGUUCUGUCACUCUGUCCUUAUUGUAGACACUCCAGUGGGGGGCAGAGCCCGAGCUUCCACGAGGCUGAGCUCCACAGCCACUUGCUCAAUCUGUGUGACUGAACAUAUAACCCCUGCUCUUGGGAUGAACCCUCCACAUCCCAGGGAUCAGUUGAGUGUUUAUCAGUGUGUCCCUGCUUUCAGCACAAGAAUAUCACUCCUCAGGAAAGGAUACUGAAACUGAACAAAAUACUCCAGCUGCAGCCUCACCAAAGCCUUAGCAAGUGCACGAGCAGCAUUCUCUGUCCUCUUUAAGCAAAGACCUCCAGUAUUGGAAUCGCUGAUCACCUGCUGUUAACUCUCAGGGAUUUGCCUGACUCAGGCCAAAUUUUUGCUUUUCCAUUUUUCACAUUUGACCCCCCCCCACCCUCACACUCAGUCAGCCCCUCCCUAUCCAAUCGCAACCACACUAUGUUCCUCCCCACCCCAUUUCCACAUACAGCCCCUCUCCCCACCCCAUGGAAUGCCCCACUCAGCGCCCCCAUAAACCAGCCUACCCUUUAAUCAUUCAUGGAAUUAACAAUGGCG